AUGUCCCUUUCACCCGCUGUGCGGCUCGCAAGGACCGCAGCUCAACGAUCCUCGUCGUUGUUACGCUCCAUCCAGUACAAUCAUCCUCCUAACUGCCCUUGCCACUCCAACCCCAAUCACCAUCAUACUCCGGCUGUCUUUGGCGAAGCGAGAAGGCGAUUGGCAACCCCAAUCGACCACUCCCGCUCCAAAGAUUAUGCCUUCGAGAUGGCAGCGAGCUCGAUCAGAUUCGGGCCGGGUUCCACGAAAGAAGUGGGUAUGGACAUGAAGAAUCUGGGUGCAAAGCGGGUCAUCGUCGUUACUGAUGCGAACGUCGCAAAAUUAAAUGCUAUGAAACAAACAAUCGAAGCAUUGACGAACGAAGGGGUGGAAUUCACCGUAUAUGAUCAAUGCCGGGUCGAGCCCAAAGACAGCUCUAUCAAGCAUGCUAUUGCAUUCGCAAUGCCAUAUCAGCCCGACGCAUUCUUGGCUGUUGGUGGUGGCUCAGUCAUCGACACAGCCAAGCUGAUGAAUCUCUACACAUGUUUUCCAGAUGCAGACUUCCUCGAUUUCGUCAAUGCUCCCUUAGGAAAGGGCUUACCCAUCACUAAACCCCUAAAGCCUUUGGUUGCAAUUCCGACCACCGCGGGAACCGGCUCAGAGACAACGGGAACAGCAAUUUUCGAUCUGGUAGAGAAGCGAGCGAAGACAGGUAUUGCUCACCGAGCUCUAAAGCCCACUUUGGGAAUAUGUGACCCUCUCAAUACUCGAACCAUGCCCUCGGCUGUCCAUGCUUCGUCAGGUCUCGAUGUCUUGUGCCAUUCACUAGAGUCUUGGACCGCGAUUCCUUACUAUGAAAGAUCACCAAGACCAGCCAACCCCAUUCUUCGACCUGCAUAUCAAGGCGCAAACCCUAUUUCAGAUAUAUUCUCGCUGCAGGCACUCAGACAGACAGUCAAGUAUCUACCACGAGCAACCAAGGACCCUGAAGAUCAUGAGGCACAGAGUGAAAUGCUUUUGGCUGCUACACUGGCAGGAGUCGGAUUUGGAAAUGCUGGUGUCCAUCUUUGCCACGGCAUGAGUUACCCAAUCAGUGGACAGAAUCCAGGCUACAAGCACGAGGGAUAUGUUCUUGAUACGCCCAUUAUUCCCCACGGUGUGAGUGUCGCUGUUACUGCCCCGGCAGUUUUCAGGUUCACGGGACCGAGCAAUCCUGAGCGGCAUCUGGCGGCCGCGGAAGCAUUUGGCAAGGACAUUUCCAACGUCAAGAAGGAAAGUGCGGGUGAAGUGCUCAGUGAGGCUCUAGCCGAAUUCCUGGUAGGCCUCGGAGAUCAGCCCAGAGGACUAAAGCACCUCGGAUUCACGAAAGACAGUAUAGACGAUUUAGUGGAAGGCACUUUACCACAAAAGCGAGUGCUGAUGCUGGCACCGAGUUUGAGCGAGGAGCUCGGCGAGGAACGAGAACAGCUACGGGGAUUGUUCGAGGAAGCACUUGAGUACUAA